AUCGAUCGAUGGAAGCUCGACGGACGGAUCGUUCGUCGGUGCGAUCGAUUUCGUUCGAAAUUUGUUUAUUUAUUUAUUUAUAUCGGGGAAACGUUAACCGUCGCGUCGACGGUCGCCUUGACGCUCGUUUAAAAUGCCCUUGCAUCCUCGAUUGUGUUCCACGGACGGUAACAAAGUUUCAGUCCUGCCACCACCGACGCCGACGAAAAUUCACUCGUGGCCCGUCGAUUCGAUUUAAACGAGUGUCGCGUUACUCGCAGCACGCCUGUGCGCCUCUUCUUUUUUCAAAACGUGAAUUGUCCUUUAAAAUGAGACUGUCCGAAUAUUGCGCGAUACUGAUUGUCUCGUGUUACCUGUCGUUCAGCCACGCCCUGGAAUGUUAUGUGUGUACCAAUCAGGAAGGUAACAGGGAAAAGUGUCUGAGAAGCACAAAAACUUGCGAGCAAGGCCAGGAUGCUUGCUUCACAGAGAUCAAAUGGGGAAGCACACCGUACUGGUCGCAGGGCGCGAAGAAACAGUAUUACGUAUCCAAGAGGUGCUCCACCAGGAAGGAGUGCGAAAGGAUAAAGCAGUCGAACAUGGCUGAUUGUACGUAUAUAUGGUACCAAGAUUGGAAGUGUUCGGAUUGCUGUCAAGGAGACAAAUGCAAUUACUAUGCCUUCUCCGGCGUUGAGAAGUUGCAUCCUUCUUGGAUAAUAGUGGUCACGUUCUCGAUAUUCGUGUACAUCAGGAUCGCCUAGCACCAGUGGAGAAGGUGGAUCUAUUAGGAGAAGGUGGAUCUAAUCUCUGACUGCGAUCGAAGCAGCAAUGAUAUUCCUUCAAUCCGUCCAAGAAAUGUUUUAUAUAUUUUAUUAACGCAAAGUAUACAGAAUAGCCAAUGUUUUAUAUUUAUUGUUAUGGCUAUAAGUAAUAGCCAUACUAUAGACGACACAUUGUUUUCUUUAUUUUUUAAAUAAACGUCCACUUUU